CUUUUUCCAAUCUCCUAAGAGGCCUAUUUCCCGCCAAAAUGGUGGAUAUGACAGACGUGCCGAAGUUGGAUCCUUCCCUGCACAAGAAUUAUAUCAGAGUAUCCAAGGUCCAGCUUACCAAAAAAACUUAAUAAAAGAACAGGUAAAGCUAAGACCUCAUUAUUUGAGGAACUUAACGUACAGCUUUACGAGAAGGGAGCGAAUAUGGUGACUUUUCACACCGACAUCAAUCGUCUCUAUCCAUGGAUCAAAACUCUUGACUCAUUUUACUAUAACCAUCUAGGUAAAUGCGACGAAUUCAACAUCAAUUGGUAUGAUGACCCCGAAAUAUGGGAGAACCCAUCAGACAAUGCAAAUUCAAUUGUUAUUGAAAUUAGAGAUAACACCAACACCCUUGUAUACAGUGUAACCUUCUUCGUAACAACUGGCACUAUUAGGGCACAGGGUAGCAAGUAUAUGCUGUUCGUGGAGAAACAUUCCCCAAUUUUAAAACUUAUACUUGAUAAGGUUCUUCUACUCGAUCUACAAGAGGCUACUGAGGAGGAAGAAACACUAACACACUUGAAACAGCCACAUUCAAAUGUUUAAAAUCGGAAUGAGAACUUACAAAGUAAGGAAAAAUGUUUGGUGGACGAGACACACAUAAAUCAGCCACAUUCCAAAGCUGAGAAAAGGACUGAAUAUUCACAAAGAAAAGAAAAAUGUAUGGUGGACGAGACAUACUUGAAAGAGCCACAUUCCAAUAAAAAUUGGACUGAGAACUUACCAAAAAUGGAAAAAAGUAUGGUGGAUGCCAUACAAAAAAUCCAACUUAGCCAUGAGAAAGACAUAGGUAGUUUAAUUACAAUCGUCAACCAAAACAGAGAUGACUGCGUAAAAAAACUUGAUCAACUUGAACUCAGCCAAAAGAAAGGCUUGGCCGAAAUGAUCAAAAUUGUCAGUCAAAAUAAGGGAGAUUGCCCAACACAGAUUCGACAAUGUCUAGCUGGAAUUGAAGAAAUUAAAACAAAUUGUAAUUCUCUCCAGAAAUUUAAAAUAGAUGCCACUGCAGCACUGGAAGGCAUCGAGAGACAAUUGAAAAGCCCCCAAUCAUACUCGGAAGUUGUGAAGAGAUCAAAUAGAGAGGAACAUCUGCCGAUACCUUGUGCAGCCACUACAGGACCCAACGUCUUACUGAUUGGAACCUCAAACAUUAAAGGUAUCAAGGAAGAAAAACUUACACCAGCCGCAACAACAACCAAAAUCAUCAAAUACACAAUUGAUGAAACAAUCGAGUACAUCCAAACUUGCGAACUGUGUCCAGAUGUCGUAAUUUUUCACUCGCUUACAAAUGACCUGACAAAGAUGGAUCCUCAAGCUUGUGUUGAUGCAUUAGCAGAACUGAUUAAAAUAGUUAAAGACAAGUGGAUCAACACAACAACGAUAAUAUCUCUGGCAACCCCCAGACUGUAUAACUUAGGGUACCAUACUAAUGGACAAAUCACUAAUGCACUAAUUAAACAGAGAAUUACAGAAGUAUCGUACUGCGAUCACAGCAAUAUCCUUAAAGAUGGGAAUCCGACCCCCGACUACCUAUCUGAUGAUAAGUACCAUCUCUCCAAGAAAGGCACAUCCAUUCUUGCAGCAAACAUCAAAAAGGCCAUUCACACCUCGCUGAACAUUCCAAUGAUAAAUCGCGGUAGAUCAAGGUCCAGGUCUCGCAUCAACAGCACAAGAGGACGCGGUCGUGGGUACCAUUACAACUCUGAACAUGUGUACCGUACACGCGAUUCGUGAGGAUGCAGUUACAGCUCCGAACAUGUGUACCAUACACGCGAUUCAUGAGGAUGCAAAUACAGCUCCGAACAUGUGUACCGUACACGCGAUUCGAAAGGAUGCAGUUGUAGAUACCAUGAUAACUUCCAGUCUGAUUCGCCAAAGUGUUGUAACAGAUAUAUCACCAUAAACUUACUAAGUUGUAUGUAAAUCUCAUUCUAAACUCUUGUGUUCACUAUACUGGUGUAUUGACCAACCAGUACUACUAAUGGCACUCUCAAUUAAGAGUAAC